GCGAAUUCAUGACCUUGGCUCUCCCUCUAUGAUGCGCCCGCUACUCGUCUGACCCCUACCGCCGCUGUUCACCCUCACCUGCACCCUCGAGACCGCGUACCCCGAGGCAACCACCCGCUGCCAUUAAAUUCCGACGGCGCGAUCGUUUACGAGCAUGGUCUCGGCCCCUAGCGCUGGGGGCUCAAUUGUCAAUGCAAACAUGAGAGGUACCUCGGCGACAACCCCGCUGACCAUGGCCGGCGGCGGCGGCGGCAAUAGCAAGCAGAAAACGGCACUAUCCAACUCAAACGGCGGCCAGUCAGCGAAGCCGCCGAGCCCCCUCAGCUCCCUGACAAGCCCUCCGCUUGAUCUCUCGUCGGUCGAGCGACGCGGCCAGCCCACUGCGUGUCCCGAGCCGGUCACCAAGAAAAACCGGCCUCAUGGUCUUCAGGAAGCGCCCACGUAUCGCCCCACCGAGGAGGAAUGGAAAGAGCCGUUCGAGUAUAUCAGGAAGAUUUCUCCCGAGGCGCGGCAGUACGGCAUGUGCAAGAUCAUUCCCCCGGAGUCAUGGAAUCCCGACUUUGCCAUCGAUACAGAGAGGUUUCAUUUCCGAACGCGCAAACAAGAGCUGAACUCAGUCGAAGGCAGCACACGCGCGAACCUAUCCUACCUCGAUGCGCUCGCAAAGUUCCACAAACAGCAAGGGACAAACCUUACGCGAUGGCCCUACGUCGAUAAGAAGCCGCUCGAUCUUUACCGGCUGAAGAAGGCCGUCGAGGCUCGGGGUGGCUUCGAAAAAGUCUGCAAGUUGAAAAAAUGGGCCGAGAUUGGCCGUGAUCUCGGCUACAGCGGCAAAAUAAUGUCGUCUUUGUCCACCUCGUUGAAGAACUCAUAUUCCAAGUGGCUGUGCCCGUACGAGGAGUAUCUUCGCAUUGCGAAACCCGGGGUUCAUCAGCAGCUUGAACUCGAGUACGGCGGUCCCUUGACACCCAGCCCGGCUCCGAGCCCGAUGAAGCGGUCUAACGUGCCCACCCCCGCAAGCGCCGAUUCCCCGGCAAGGCACGCGACAGACGCGCUGCAGGAGUCGAUGGAUGGUCGCGCCAAGGACUCCGAACGAGACGCUUCGAUGUCGGAUACGCCCGCUUCCGGCACGCCCCAAACGGCGUCUGGGUUCACUGCUAUCAAUUCGGGUGGCUUCACGGCCGUCAACUCCGGCUUCACGAGCGCCAACCGCCCAGCGGCUACGCCUUCGGAAGGGAAAGGCCUUGCCACUCCUAACAAGCACAACGGCACGCCGGCCACGUCCGCCAAGAACACGCCCGAGUGCCGUCAACCGGCCCAGGGCCCUUCCGGCCAGAAGCGGCAUGCGAGUUGCGAGAGUCUGGAUUCUUCCAAGAAGGACCCAGGCGACAAAGAGGAUGGGGAAGCUGGGAGUCGCAGAAGCAAGCGACUCAAGAAAGAGACGGUACCCACUGUGGCCGGCUCCCACAUGUCUUUAUUCCGCUCCGCCCCCCAAAGGAUGCCCCGAGACGAAGCUGCAGCGCCUGGCGAGAGAUGCGAGCAGUGCGGCAGAGGCAACGAGGAUGGGAGCUUCAUUCUUGUCUGCGAGUCCUGCGACCAUAGGUAUCACGGCACAUGCCUUGAUCCGCCGCUCAAGGUCAAACCCGAAACCGAGUGGAACUGUCCUCGUUGUCUGGUCGGCGACGGCCAGUUUGGUUUCGAGGAAGGCGGCCUGUAUUCAUUGAGGCAGUUCCAGGAGAAGGCCAACAACUUCAAGCAGGGCUACUUUGCCAACAAGAUGCCGUUUGAUCCUGUCCUCAAUUGCCAUCGGCCGGUCACGGAAGACGAUGUUGAACACGAGUUCUGGCGUCUAGUUGCCGACUUGGAAGAGACAGUGGAGGUGGAGUACGGCGCCGACAUCCAUUGCACCACCCACGGCUCCGGUUUCCCCACCAUCGAGAAGCAUCCUGACAACCCGUACUCGACCGACCCCUGGAAUCUCAACCUGCUCCCGCUGCACCCCGAGAGCUUGUUCAGGCACAUCAAGUCGGAUAUCUCGGGCAUGACCGUCCCGUGGGUCUACGUCGGCAUGACUUUCUCGACGUUCUGCUGGCACAACGAGGACCACUACGCAUAUUCGGCCAAUUACCAGCACUUCGGCGCCACCAAGACCUGGUAUGGAAUUCCCGGUGACGACGCGCUGAAGUUUGAGGCGGCGAUGCGCGAGGCUGUUCCCGAGCUGUUCGAGACGCAGCCGGAUCUUCUGUUUCAGCUCGUCACGCUGCUCACCCCCGAGCAGUUGAAGAAGGCGGGCGUACGCGUCUACGCGCUUGAUCAGCGUGCCGGACAGUUCGUGAUCACCUUCCCGCAAGCAUACCAUGCCGGCUUCAACCACGGAUUCAACUUCAACGAAGCGGUCAACUUUGCCCCCGCUGACUGGGAGCCGUACGGCCUUGCGGGGGUGGAGAGACUCCAACUUUUCCGGCGGCAACCUUGUUUCUCGCACGAUGAGUUGCUGUGGACCGCGGCAGAAGGCGUGACCAGCGGCGGGCUGACCAUCCAAACAGCCAAAUGGCUGGCUCCCGCAUUGGAGACGAUCCAUAAGCGGGAACUCGCGCAGAGGGAGGAGUUCAUUGGCAAGCACGACUUCAUCGUCAAGCGCCUCCUCGAUGCCAAACAUCCGGCUCAGCACCAUCGCUGUGUGCUUCACGGAGAGGCCGGCGACGAGUGCCCGAUUGUGUUCAAAGUCGACGACGCCGAUGUCCCCGAGGAGGAGUACGGCUGCUUUUACUGUAAAGCGUUCACUUACCUGUCGAGAUUUAUCUGCCUUAAGACCGGCAAGGUCCUCUGCCUGCUGCACGCCGGGAGCCACCCUUGCUGCGACCUCCCAGAGUCGGACAGGUAUCUCGGAAAAGAACACGCGCUGUACUACCGCAAGUCGGAUGAAGUCAUCGCCUCCAUGACCAAAAAGGUCGCCGACAAAGCCCAUGUUCCUGAGGCUUGGGAAGAGAAGUACGAGAAACUGCUCGAUGAGGACGCGAUCCCGUCGCUGAAGGCGCUACGGAAUCUCCUCAGCGAAGGCGAAAAGAUACCCUACGAACUGCCGUCGUUGCCGGUGCUGAAGGCUUUUGUCGAGCGCUGCAAUCACUGGGUCGAGGAAGCGACCAACUAUACGGUCCGGAAGCAGCAGAAUCGCCGCAAGAACGAGAAGGUGUGGCAGAUGGGAUCGCGCAAGUCCGUGGGAAAUGCGCAACACGAGCAGAAGGAGCGCGAGACGCGCAAUGUGGCGAAUAUCUACCGGCUCCUUGACGAAGCCAAACAGAUCGGGUUCGACUGCCCCGAAAUCCUUCAGCUACAAGAACGCGCCGAUGCCAUCAAAGCGUUUCAGGAGGAUGCCAGGCAGCUUCUGAACAAGCGCCAGUCACAUGCCAUCGGCCCCGUCGAGAAGCUGCUGGAGGAGGGCCAGAGCUUCAACGUGGACAUCCCAGAGCUCGAGGAGCUGUCACGCCUCCUGGAGCAGCUUCAGUGGAACGAGAAAGCGAGCAGCAGCCGGAACACGGCGAUGACGUUGCAGAGUGUCAGGGACCUCAUUGAGGAGGGCCGGCGGCUCAACGUACCGCCGUAUAACGACCAUCUUGUGUAUUACAUUGAUCAAUUGUCGGCCGGCCACAUGUGGGACAAGAAGGUGCAGGAACUGAUCAACGCCGACUCGAUCCACUACCCGCAGCUUCAGACGCUGGCCGAUCAGGCGCAAAGCAACAACUGGCCGGUCUCCCCGGAGACGAUGGCCGCGGUGGACCAGAUCCUGCACAAGCAGCGCGAAGCACACCGGCAGAUCGUCGAUCUGAACGAGCGCUCCCAGAAUCCCGACUACAGGAAGAGACCCAAGUACUCCGAGGUUGCCGAGGUCAUGAAGAAGAUAGAGGAGCUUCAGGCCAAGCCCACCGGGACCCACGAACUGGAGAAGGAGCAGAAGCGACACGAAGACUGGAUGCGCAAGGGCAAAAAGCUUUUCGGCAAGACGAACGCGCCGCUUCAUAUCCUCAAGAGCCACAUGGAUUAUGUGCUCGACCGCAACUUGGACUGCUUCGACAUCGUGCAUGACAAGCCCCGGUUGCCAGCGGAGCCUGCGUCUAGGGAGCCGAGCCCCGAGAAAGACAAGGCCAACCGCUGGGAGGACCCCAAGUUCCGGGAGGUCUUCUGUAUCUGCCGGCGCACGGAGGCCGGGAUGAUGAUCGAGUGCGAACUGUGUCACGAGUGGUACCACGGCAAAUGCCUCAAGAUUGCCCGCGGCAAAGUCAAGGAGGACGAUAAGUACACGUGCCCGAUUUGCGACUGGCGGGUCAAGAUCCCUCGCGACGCCGCUCGGCCGAAGUUGGAGGAUCUUAUCGCCUGGCAGGAGGAGAUCCCCAACCUGCCAUUCCAACCGGAGGAGGAGGAAGUGCUGAAGAAGAUCAUCGACAACGCGACCGAGUUCCGCAACCACAUCGCGUCGUACUGCAACCCGAUCCUCUCAACCGCUUCAGAGGCGGAGACGCAGCGGUUCUACCUCCGCAAAAUCGAGGGCGCCGAGAUCCUCCUUGCGUACGAGACCAACUUCUUCCGGCAGGAACUGCACAAGUGGGCCCCGGUCGCCCCCGAACCCCCACCGGUUCUCGAGGUGUCCAAGAGCACACGCAAGCCGCGACCCACCAAGUUGCAGAAGAUGCUGGCCCAGUAUGGCGUGGACGAUCCGGACGACCUGCCUGAGAGCGUCAAGGGCAAGGCAAACAGCCUGAAGCGCAAAGCGAUGAACGCCGAGGCCGCCGCCGCGGCUGCCGCGUCCGGCCCGGGUUCGAUCGUGAUGGUGCCCAGCCCUGGGUACGGACCGGCGCCGCAUUCGUUCUUCUCGCGCAACUCGUCUACCCAGCCCACCACGCCGGGCCUCCCGAGCAACGCGCACGCUCGCCCAUCCAGCGGAACCGACCCGUCGUCCGCGCAUUCUCAGCAGGGCCGACCAGGGUCCAGUUCCAUCCUCCGCGGCGGCAGCACCAUGGACCUUGACCCCACGGGUGGCCACCCAUCCCUGUUUCUGCGCGACGGCACCGGCCCCGGCCCGCAGCUCGUCGCCAGCGACUCGACGCACGACCUGGAGGAGCGCCUGCUGAGGGGCACGUUUGACGACGAGGAGCUGAACGCGCACCUGUCGACUGAGUCCGGCAAGGCUCGGGUGCUGGAGAUCCUGUCGCGCACCGACACCGGUCGGCGGCGCGCUGAGGAGAUAUUCGGGCCGGCGGUCUGGGGCGGCGAUCACCGCGGCGGCAGCAGCAGCCGCGCCAGCGCGAGGGAUAACGAUCCGAUCGGCAUCGGCGUCGGUAAUGACGGCGACGACAGCAUGUUCGUGGAGCUGGUCAACCAGGACGAGGACGAGGCCGGUGGCGGCGACGGCAAGAAGUCCGCCGUUGCUGUCGAGGGCGAGCACCAGCAUCAGCUCCAGAACCCGCCUCACCCGUCGAAUGCGGCCGAGAUCCUAGACGAGGACCGCGGCGAGGCGGCGUCGUGGAUGGAUGCAAGGAAGGAAUCCUAGUUUGAUUGGUUCUGAUGCAUGCAUACUUCACGUCCUGCUUUCCCCGGCGGUGUUGUACGGCUUGCUGGGACUGGACCCGUCAUCGCGAUCCUGCCGGCAGCAGCAGAGCAAAGCGCACAUGAGAACUGCGAUGGACAGGCGCUUCGG